GAAGCACGAAAGAACAUGGGAAACAAGUGCAGAGAUCAAGGGAUGUGGCUGAUCCAGUCAAGCUCCAGGUCAGACAUUUGAGAGCCAAGGGAAGAAACUCCUGGUCCUUGUUAUAGUUCCUUUGAUUCCGUCUCUAUUCCCCUGAUCUGCACAGCUAUCAAUGCCAGAGGGCCCUUCCUAGAGGGCAGUUUGGAGCAUGUGAACAAACCCUGAGCCUUGAUGAGUUCCAGUAUGUGGUAUAUUAUGCAGAGCAUUCAGAGCAAAUACUCUCUGUCAGAGCGCUUAAUCCGAACAAUUGCUGCCAUUCGUUCCUUCCCACAUGAUAAUGUAGAGGACCUCAUCAGAGGGGGAGCUGAUGUGAACUGCACCCAUGGCACGCUGAAGCCUUUGCACUGUGCCUGCAUGGUGUCCGAUGCCGACUGCGUGGAGUUACUCCUGGAAAAGGGAGCUGAGGUGAAUGCCCUGGAUGGUUACAACCGAACAGCCCUCCACUAUGCAGCUGAGAAGGAUGAGGCUUGUGUGGAGGUCCUGUUGGAGUAUGGUGCAAACCCCAAUGCACUGGAUGGCAACCGCGACACCCCCCUUCACUGGGCAGCCUUUAAGAACAAUGCUGACUGUGUGCGGGCCCUCCUAGAGAGUGGGGCCUCUGUCAAUGCCCUGGAUUACAACAAUGAUACCCCACUCAGCUGGGCUGCCAUGAAGGGAAAUCUUGAGAGCGUCAGCAUCCUUCUUGAUUAUGGUGCAGAGGUCAGAGUCAUCAACCUAAAAGGCCAGACACCCAUCUCCCGCCUGGUGGCUCUGCUAGUCAGGGGACUUGGAACUGAGAAAGAGGACUCUUGCUUUGAGCUCCUCCACAGGGCUGUUGGACACUUUGAAUUAAGGAAAAAUGGCACCAUGCCACGAGAAGUGGCCAGAGACCAGCAGCUAUGUGAAAAACUGACUGUUCUGUGCUCAGCCCCAGGAACUCUAAAAACACUCUCUCGCUAUGCUGUGCGCCGUAGCCUGGGACUCCAGUAUCUGCCAGAUGCAGUGAAGGGCCUUCCCCUGCCAGCUUCUCUGAAGGAAUACCUGUUACUCGUAGAAUAGCCUGGAGAAGACAUUUGCACCAUCACACAGGCAACUCUGGGUGAGGUUUUCCCUGCGCUGCUGUCUCUGUCUUGGAAAACAGGAAAAGCAGCUGUUCCUGUUGUGUUGUUUAUAUUUUGAGGCAACAUGUCACAACAGUAACCUCCUCUCCCCAAACCAAGCAACCAAACAACAAGAAAAAGAUCUCUCGC